AUGUUCAAGCUCGCCCGCGGCAGACCCAUUGCGGCAGCUCUCAGAGCCGCGACGGAGACUUCCGUCCCGUCCCGCCUGGGCCAGCAACAGAGAAACCUGUCGAUCCACGAAUAUCUUUCCGCAAACCUCCUCAAGUCGUACGGUGUUGGAAUGCCCAAGGGCGAGGUUGCUCGCAGCGCAGAGGAGGCUGAAGCCGUUGCCAAGUCUCUCGGAAACGAUGACAUGGUCAUCAAGGCACAGGUCCUCGCCGGUGGUCGUGGUAAGGGCUCUUUCGAUAACGGUCUCAAAGGUGGUGUGCGCGUCAUCUAUUCCCCUACUGAAGCCAAGAUGUUCGCCGGCCAGAUGAUUGGACACAAAUUGAUUACGAAGCAAACCGGUGCUGCUGGUCGUCUUUGCAACUCCGUGUACAUUUGCGAGCGCAAGUUCGCUCGUCGCGAAUUCUACCUUGCUGUUCUCAUGGACCGGCAAUCCCAGGCCCCUGUGAUUGUUGCGUCGUCGCAGGGUGGCAUGGACAUCGAGGCUGUUGCCAAGGAGAGCCCGGAGGCCAUCAUCACCACCCCCAUUGAUAUCAAUGUUGGCGUGACCGACGAGAUUGCCCUCAAGAUUGCCACCGAGCUGGGCUUCUCUGAGCAGUGCAUUCCGGAGGCCAAGGAGACGAUCCAGAAGCUGUACAAGGUUUUCAUGGACAAGGAUGCUACCCAGAUUGAGAUCAACCCUCUGUCGGAGACCUCGGAUCACAAGGUCAUGGCUAUGGAUGCUAAGUUGGGCUUCGAUGACAACGCGGACUUCAGACAGAAGGAGGUCUUCUCCUGGAGGGACACCACCCAGGAAGAUGCCGACGAAGUCAAGGCUGCCGAGCACGGACUGAACUUCAUCAAGCUCGACGGUGACAUCGGAUGUUUGGUCAACGGAGCCGGCCUUGCCAUGGCUACCAUGGACAUUAUCAAGCUCAACGGUGGCAGCCCCGCCAACUUCCUCGAUGUUGGAGGUGGUGCUACCCCGGCCGCCAUCAAGUCUGCUUUCGAGCUUAUCACUAGCGACCCCAAGGUGUCGGCCAUCUUCGUCAACAUCUUCGGUGGUAUCGUCCGUUGCGAUGCCAUCGCUCAGGGUCUGAUCAAUGUCGUGCAGGAGAUGGGUCUCCGCACUCCCAUCGUCGCUCGUUUGCAAGGUACCAACAUGGAGCACGCACAUAAGCUGGUAUGGAAGCCACCUUCUUCGCAUUUUCAAACAAGGACAUCAUACUAA